GAGGAGCUGGUAUUAUCACAAGACGAUACAGAUAGUGAUCUUUUGUACUUUGAGACCAUGAAGCUUUUUGUGGUAUCACUUUUGUGUCUUGCUGUAGGCUGUUUAUCAGCAGAUCAUGAAACACCACAUCAUGAUACUGAAUACAAAAGGGAAGUCUCGCACCUUUUACAGAAUACCAAUGGGAUUCUACAGAACAUCAAUGAAAUCCUGUCAGGAGUACCGUACUGUAUAUCAGCUAUGGUGAAAGCAUUGCAUCCAGAUACUUGUCCGAGGGCCAGUGAAUCUAGAACACAAGCCUGUGAUUGUGACUACCACCCUGGCGGUUGCACCAUUAGUCAAUUACCCCCUGCCGGCAUGGCCUGCUAUUGUACAUACAAAGGAGCCUGGACAUGCGGUGGAGAAGUUAGAGACUGUGCACAACAUGAUGCUCCUUUUUGCAAAAACCCAGACUACAACCUGCAAACCUGUCUGCAGGGGGGUGGGGACUGUGAUGCCUACCCUGAGAGAUGUGACUGCAAUUAUCACCCUGGAGGCUGCAGAAUUGCUGUGACGUCCCCCUCAAACACUGCCUGUAAAUGUCUCUACAAGGGAGCCGGGACGUGUGGAGCCAAAAUUGUGAGAUGCAAAGAUCACAACAAUGAGAAAUGCAAAAAUCCUGAUUCGUCGAAAGAGUCUUGUUUGCAAGGAGGCGGCGACUGUGGGGCAUAUUAAUCAAACUAAUGAAGCUUGGAUUUGAAAAUUAUUUAAACCUUGCCAUGUUAAAAAAAAAUCAGCUCAUUGAAUCCCAAUUCAGUUAGCAAUCAAGUAUAUUCUUACAAUGUAAUUAUUCAAUAAAGCCAUUUCCAAAAUUGUA